CCCAAACCUUGCCAAAUAUAGUUACUUUGCUGCGUCCCCGUGCUCUCUUUUGUCUGCAAGUGCCGCGAUAUUAAAAUCAAGCUGUAGCGCCCGCUUCCUCACCCCGCUACCUUCUCUUCUCCUCCACUUACAUCACCACUACCACCACCACCACCAACCGUUAACAUGCAACUCGUCAACAUUGGCGCAACUCUGCUGCUGCUCAUCCCCGAGACACUUGCUUUGCCUAUUCUGCAAGACGGCAACCCUACUCGCCUCCCUUGCCCCAAGUCACGCUAUCACACUGGCCUGUUUGGCCCUCUCUGCGAUUCGCCGCCUGACACAAUCAUCUUCGACCAUGAGGAGGAGGACACGGCCGAAAUCUUGCCGCUCAAGAUUGACCCCAAGGAGCCUGUUAGCAGCCAGCGCACCAACGACAGCAGGAAGAGGCUAGAGCCUAUUGAGUACUACGAUGAUCAGCCGGCUUCAGGAACCCCGCCUGAGAAUGAUAGCGACUUUCCUCCUGAUGAUUCUCGCCUUGGCACGCUAGGACCCGAUGGCAAGCCCGUGUAUCAGGCGCCUCCUAUGGACUUCGAUGGCCCCUACAAGACUGGAGGUACACUGCCUUGCCCCAAGACAUCAUGGCCUAGCUCGUUUGGUGUAGGACCAGUCUGUGACCCGAAACUGCCUCCUCUUGAAGACGACCAGCUAGACGACCCUAAUGAGCCGCAUAUUACCCUUCCAUAAAAUUGAGGGUUUAGUAGCUAAACUUGAAAUAAAAAACGAUGUCAGAGUGAUAGAAGCGUGCUAGUUAUCCAUUAUAUUUAUAUGUACUCCGAUCAACAUGGCCUCUUCAUAACGUGGUAAUAUGUACUGGUGAAUUACACCAUGGGUAUAUGCUAUAUGUACAGUUAGCGCCAAUGCUCAUCAUUCAUGUGCCAUCCUGGCCGCGUCUCAUCACACUUUACACGACGGACCCUUGUUGAAGAGGUGGUGUUAACAGGUUAUGUAGACUAAAAACAGGACGAGUCGGACCAUGCUUACUUGCAGGUAAUGCAGCACGUCUUACUCUUUGGGGCUCAGCGCUUUGUCCUCGAUAAAGUAGUGACUUUUCCAGCCAAAUCCAUGCUGGGUG